AUGGAACAGACAGAGGCUAUUGUCACGGCUUCAACGGCUGAAAAUGCGAACUCUUUGAAGAGGAAGUCUGAUGAUAUUGGUUGGGAAUAUGGAAAGCUCGUCGAUCCAAACAACAAGGAUAGAAUCAUGUGUAACUUUUGGAAGAAUGUAAGCACAGGAGGAAUUAACCGUUUCAAGAAACACAUUGCUCAGGUUGGUGGCGGAGUUUCCAAGUGUAAGAGUUGCCCAAAUGAAGCUAAAUUGGCAUGCUUGAAAUGGUUGGAAGGAACAGAAAAGAAGAAGCAUGAUAAGGUUGUUCGUGAGCUAGGUUUGAGAAGUGAUGUUAAUGUCUCUUCCGGUGGACAACAGGAAGAAGACCUCACUUGUGCAGGUAGCUAA